AUGGCACCCUCCAAAAAACUUAAGAUCAUGGACCCAGUGCUGCAAAGUAAAAAAGACUGCACGCAGCAGUUACAAGAUGGCGACGAUCCUAUGCUCCACUCACCAGCAUCAGAGGGUCCCAUGGAAUUGGAGGGGUGUUCCCUCUCACAAGAUUAUGUCCCAGUGACCAACAAAAGCUUGCACACCAUGCUGCAGGACCUCAAAGGAUCCCUCCGAGCUGAUCUCCGCCAAAUAACUGUGGAUUUACACAAAGAUAUUCAGGAUCUGGGGGGCCGCACAAGCCACUUGGAAAGCAAGACUGAGGAAUUCUGUACUGCUCACAAUGAUGCAGUGGAGAAACUGCACAAGCUAGAAGAAGAGCAGGCCGCAAUGCGACUGAAAAUCGGGGAUAUGGAAGAUAGAGCAAGGCGCAACAAUCUCCGCUUUCGGGGAAUUGUAGAUGCCAUAACAUCAGAGGGCCUACCACAGUACUUGAUGGUAUUGUUUAAAGCCCUCCUACUCCAUCUUGAUGGAACAGCCUGGACCUUCAACAGAGUCCACCACCUCCCUAGACAUGCCAGAUUCACUGCAGACACCUCAGAGGACACCACUACUAUGGCUCCAAACAGGAGCUCUUGA